AUGGGUGUGCCUUCUCCGAAUCUGCAGCGAAGUAAAAAGUCGAAAGCACUUGGAGUUCCAAUUAUUGAUCUCUCUCUUGAGAGGUCGACGUUGUCCGAGCUAAUUGUAAACGCAUGCAAGGAAUUUGGAUUCUUCAAGGUGGUUAACCAUGGUGUUUCCCAAGAGACAAUUGCAAGAAUGGAAAAGGAGGGGCUCGAUUUUUUCUCUAAAUCAGCUUCUGAGAAGCAACAAGCAAAAGCAGGGCCAGCCAGUCCUUUUGGUUAUGGUUGCAAAAACAUUGGCUUCAAUGGCGAUAUGGGUGAGCUCGAGUAUCUUCUUCUUCAAGCUAACCCUCUUUCGGUUUCUGAAAGAUCCAAAGCUAUAUCCAAGGACCCAUCAAAGUUCAGUUGUGCUGUAAAUGAUUACAUAGAAGCUGUGAGGGAGCUGGCGUGUGAGAUUCUUGAUCUAGUGGCUGAAGGCUUGUGGGUCCACGACAAAUCCGUGCUCAGUAGGCUCAUCAGAGACGUCAAUAGCGACUCAUGCUUUAGAGUCAAUCACUACCCUCCGGUCUUCAAGGAAUGGAACCCAAUCCCAUCGCCAAAAUUUCAUCAUCAGGAUUCGGGUACAACAAGUCGGGUUGGAUUCGGAGAGCACUCGGAUCCUCAGAUCCUCACAAUUUUGCGAUCCAAUGACGUUGGUGGCCUUCAAAUCUGUUCUCAAGAUGGGUUCUGGAUCCCUAUCCCUCCUAACCCAACUGAAUUUUGUGUGUUCGUCGGUGACGCUUUACAGGCUUUGACAAAUGGAAGAUUUGUGAGCGUGAGACACAGGGUGCUGGCAAACACAGGCAAGCCCAGAAUGUCCAUGAUGUAUUUUGGGGCACCAUCUCUGAAUUCCUGGAUCUCGCCUCUUCCACAGACGGUCUCGUUCGAGAAUCCGAGUCUUUAUAAGCCUUUCACUUGGGGGGAAUACAAAAAAGCUGCCUACUCAAUGCGAUUGGGAGACCCUCGUCUUGAUCUAUUCAAGACUCAUAAUAUUGCAAAUAAAUCUGCAUUACGUUAGAGGGUUUUGUUGUUUGUGCGUUCAAGACUACAAAUCAUUUGAUGAAACCUACCGGGUAGGAGUUUUGGGAUGCAUGGGACACAGAUAUGAAAACAAGUCAUAUUGUGCAUAGAUCAGUUGACUGACUGGUG